AUGCCAUCGCCCAGUCCCGGAACGCUGAUCGAGCCUCUCUGCUUUCUUGUGUCUUCGUUCCCUCUCGGCCCUUUCUGGGGUUUCUCGUUCUCGCCCCCUCGCCCUGUUCCUUGUCCGGGUGACAGAUUGGUACCAAAUUCUGGUCAGUACUUUUGAGCCAUUCAGGUGACCUACUGUCGGGCACAGACUAACCCCGACAACGAGCGUUUACAGGGAGGUCGUUUCGGAGGAACACGGCAUCGACGGCUCGGGACAGUAAGCGAUACGCGACGCGUACAAGUGACGAGACGUGGUAUUCGGCGUCGAGCGCGAAGUAUUGAUGUGUAUCAUCGUCUUGUCUUCUUGUUUGCAUCGCGACAGGUACACCGGUACGACUGAUCUCCAGCUCGAGCGUAUCAACGUCUACUACAACGAGACCGGGACGGGCAAGUAUGUGCCCCGUGCCGUCCUCGUCGAUUUGGAGCCCGGCACAGUCAGUUGUGGGGGCUUUGGGCUUCUCCAAUACUUUGAAAACGGAAACUGAUCUCAAAUCGGUUGCUUUAUUAGAUGGACGUGAUCCAAGGUGGACCCCUCGGCGGCCUGUUCCGACCCGACAACUUUGUCUUUGGUCAAUCCGGUGCCGGUAACAACUGGGCAAAAGGUCACUACACCGAAGGUGCCGAGCUGGUCGACCAGGUCUUGGACGUGGUCAGGAAGGAGGCCGAAGGGACCGACUGCCUCCAGGGUGUGAGUCCGAACAGAGCUUGGGCUCGUGUGGGGUGGGGUGGGGUGGGGAACUCGGGAUACUGACGUCGGGAUCGGAUGCGUUCACAGUUCCAAUUGACUCAUUCGCUUGGUGGAGGAACGGGUUCCGGCAUGGGUGCGUCGAUAGCUGAUCCUCGCUUGACGCGAACGGCGCGUGCUGACGUCUCACUCUUCACGUGACACCAACAGGUACACUCCUUGUCUCCAAGAUCCGUGAAGAGUUUCCCGACCGAAUGAUGGCCACCUUCUCCGUUGUUCCUUCACCCAAGGUAAGCAAUGAUUUGACCAAACUGUGCCGACACAUCCGCUCAUGUCAGCUUUUUGUAAUCCUUCCAAACAGGUCUCGGACACCGUUGUCGAGCCUUACAACGCCGUCCUUUCGGUUCACCAGCUCGUCGAGAACUCGGACGAGACUUUCUGCAUUGAUAACGAGGCUCUUUGUGAGUCUGCCGUUCUCUCUUCCUGGAUGAGAGCCGGCUGGCUGACACCUUGUCCUCCAUUGUAGACGACAUCUGCUUCCGCACUCUUAAACUCUCGGCACCGACUCACGGCGAUCUCAACGGCCUCGUUUCGAUCGUCAUGUCCGGUAUCACCACCUGCUUGCGAUUCCCCGGUCAGCUCAACUCCGAUCUCCGCAAGUUGGCUGUCAACAUGGUCCCCUUCCCUCGUCUUCAUUUCUUCACCGUCGGCUUCGCUCGUGAGUUUACUUGGCUUUAGCCAUAUUGUUCGUUCGUGCUGACCGAAGGAUCCGUACUGGCGUAUACUUUACCAGCCCUGACCGCCCGCGGCUCGUCGCAAUACCGCGCCGUGACUGUUGCCGAACUGACGGCGCAAAUGUUCGACGCCAAGAACAUGAUGGCCGCGUCGGACCCCCGCCACGGUCGUUACUUGACCGUUGCCGCGUACUUCCGCGGUAAGGUCUCGAUGAAGGAGGUCGAGGACCAGAUGGUCUCGAUUCAACAGAAGAACUCGCAAUACUUUGUCGAGUGGAUGUGAGUGGGCUUUCCAGCGGGCCUCAUCAUUCGGGAAAGCGCAAGAUCACUGAUCGAUCGGUCCCGCGUCUUUUCCGAUAGCCCUAACAAUGUUCAGUCCGCACACUGCGAGGUCGCUCCCCGAGGGCUCAAGAUGGUGAGACCUCAACCGAUCGGGUGCUAUCUUACAAAGCUCGGUUGCUGAUCUCCUGAUCAAUCGCGACUACCGCAGUCCGUCACCUUCAUCGGUAACAACACCUCGAUCCAAGAGCUGUUCAAGCGUGUCGGCGACCAGUGAGUGAUUGGGGUGCUUGAUUAGUCUUGCAUGAUUGCAUGCUCAUCCUUGUCCCAACUUCGCUCAGCUUCGACGUCAUGUUCCGACGCCGUGCUUUCCUGCAUUGGUACACCGGAGAAGGAAUGGACGAGAUGGAGGUUAGUCCCCUCGUUCAGGCCUUUCGGUGACGAGAUCAAACCUUAUCUGACAUCUCCCCUUUGCUGCCGCCCUACUUCAGUUCUCGGAAGCCUCGGCUAACAUGCACGAUCUCAUCGCCGAGUACACGCAAUACCAAGAGGCCGGCGUCGACGAUGAGGAGGAGGUCGCAUACGAGGAGGACCCGCAAGAAUAG